AUGAUUCAAUCCAAUAACCAUAUCAUCAUCCAACUCGACCUGGACUUCUUCUAUGGCCAAGUCGAACAACUCGCGAAGCCCUCCCUCCGCGCCCUGCCGUUUGGCAUUCAGCAGAAGCAAAUUAUUGUGACGUGCAACUACCUUGCUCGCGAACGAGGUGUUGGCAAAUUGCAGUUGGUGACCGGUGCGGUGAAGGCUUGUCCUGACCUGGUCAUCGUCAAUGGAGAGGACUUGAAUCGGUACAGAAAGGCUAGUCGGGACAUCUUUGGGCUUGUCCGCAAUCUGGUAGGGGAUGAAUGCGCGGUAGAAAGGCUGGGAAUGGACGAACUAUGGAUUGAUGUCACGUUGCUUGUGGAAAGAGCGCUCAUGGACCGCAGUGCAUCCUGGAUAUCCGGCGAGGAUCACAGAGGCUGGGCAGGGCAUAUGAUCGAUUUAAACGGGGAUCGUCUCUACACCCCCGAAGCAACUACAGACACAACCCAAUUCACAGACGAGGAGGCCCUUUACCUUGCCUCCCAUCUCGCCCGAUAUGUGCGCGACCAACUCCAUGAACAAGUCGGUUUCACCUGCUCUGCCGGCAUUGCAACCUCUAAACUCCUUUCCAAGCUCGCAGCUGCCGAACACAAACCCGCUGACCAGACCCUUAUAAUGCCUGAAGCUUACGAAUGCUUCUUGAGAGGUAUGCAAGUGAAGAAGCUGAACGGGUUUGGGUAUAAGACGCUGAAGGUGUUAUAUGAGAAACUCGGUGCGCGGGCGCCUCAAAGGGAGGAAGUGGUGGAGGACGAUGUGGUGGAUGAGGAUGAUUUGGAGAGAAAUUGGGAGAACUAUAAACCGCAGGAUAAAGCCAAGACGGAGUUGCUGGAUGUUUACAAAGACACUCAGUUGACUGUGGGAUAUGUCAUCGAAAACAGCUCACUUUCGGAGUUUCAGGUUUGGUUCGGAGCCGAGCAAGGACUGUUUCUGUGGAAUCUACUACGAGGUAUCGAUAUGACACCAGUGAAAGCAUCGCCGCUCUACCCUUCCACCAUCUCCAUCGAAGAUUCAUUCCUCCAUUGCAGCAGGAUGCUUGACGCUUCCCGCCGGCUCCUCGAACUUACCAUCGACCUCCUAGAUCGCCUCGAGAUGGAGCUUUACGAUCAAGCCACCGAUCGCUGGGCAAAAUACCCACGCACACUCCGCUUAACCGUUCGACUUCGUUCACCAAACCGAGUCAAAGGUGAAGAAUGGCGCGAUAAACGGGAAGGAAGGAGCGCGAAAUUACCGGUUGAGGUAUUUGAGGUUACACGGAUGACGAAGGAAGAGAGAGCCGCCAGACUGUUGAAUGGUACCAUUAUGGGACUGUUCAAGAAGAUGGUCGGUGAGAAGGAGUGGGACUGUUCUUUGUUCAAUCUAGCGGUGGUGAACUUGGAGAAUAAGAGGCCGAUGGCAAGUAUUGGGAGUUACUUCGCAGGAGGACCAAGUAGUCACCAUCUGUCGACGCAAGUGACCCUGAUACGCCCGGCUGAGGUGGAUGAAGAAGUCUGGGACUCGCUCCCUGAUGAGAUGAAGCGUGAGAUUUCGAAUGAGUACAAGCGUGAUCAGGAGGGGUUCGCCGGCCGGGCGGAUGGGGUUGCCAUUAAGCGGAACGCGGAAGACGGCAUAUCAGAGAGGCCAGCGGCAAAGAAGAGAGGGGGAACAGGCAUUGCAGGGUUCUUCAAAGCGCCUCCGCCAGCAGUCAAAGCUUCACUUGUCAUUCAUGCGAGUCCGCCAAGGCCACCGGAGGUCGAUGAAGAAGUAUGGGCCUCUCUGCCAGCCGACCUGAAGGCGGAAAUAUCUGCGGAUUAUGAGGCAAAGAAACCGGGGUCGAUCGCCGAGAUGGAUGAACGUAAUGGAAUCAAGGCAGGCUAUGUUGCUUCACGAGGUGUUGCCGUAAAAGUGCCCGUAACCCAUGGGCUCGACGACCCUGUAGACUCCGGCUCCGACCGUGGGAGUGUUCGGAACGAAGCCGACGGCGACGCUUUUACAUGUCCAUCAUGCGGAUCCAUCCUCCCUAUGUUUGUCCGUGCUGCACAUCUAGCAUAUCACGAAGAAAUCCAAUAA